AUGCGACCGAUGUUAAGCAGCAAGCAAGCAGCUCAGCAAGUUUACCACCCCCUAGGCGUAAGCCAUUCCUCCGUCCGAAGCCGAAGUUCGCAAGCCGCGAAUUUUCCCAACCCGCAAAACAAUCAACAUCUAACACUACCUUACCUUACCAAUGAUCCGUUGUGGUUGGAUUCAUUUGUGCUUGAUGGAGAGAAGGGUCUCGCACACGAAGAGGCAGUAAAAGACUGCAAAGCAGAUGCGACAGGAUUUGUUGAACUGGUCGAACAAGAAUAUGCCGCAAUAUCGAAUUGUGAUAGGCACUUUAGUAAAUCCGUACCACUUUCAGCGUUCGCGUACUACAACCACUUGAUAUGGUGGUAUAAGAUCGCGCUUCUGGCGCAGAAACGCGGCAACGCUUCACACGACCAACGCUUAGUCGCGUUUAUUGAAGGGUACGAUACAGUAGUCGGGGCAGGUGCCGCCACCUACCUUUCGGGGUUAGGAGACUUUACCGACGGUACCGGCGUUAGGCACUACGUCACUGCGAGUGAGCCCAACCAAGAUGGCCACUUUGGCGCCAUUGGCGCCGAGAACCAUGGAGCGUAUGAGAAGAAGAUUGCUCCAAUGGUCUCGUUCCAUACCAUUUUAGCAGGCGUAGUUGCAACCAGACGACGUCGCGAGCGUCUGGAAUGGUUUCCAGAGGAAAUAGAGGUUAUGAUCGAUCAGCAACGACAGCCUCCCCCGCCCCCCGAGCCCGCUAGAAGAGCGGGCAGAGCGCGAGCUCCACGCCCUCGCCGUAGAGGCGACAUCGACCCUUUGGGUCAGAUAGAAGGCGUUAUGGAGCAGGCAGACGCCCACUACGAUGAGGACGAAGCAGGAGGAGAAGAGGAAGAGCCUCCAGCUUGGUUGGCUACUCAGAAUCUCCUAGGAUGGCGCCCAGGCCGUCCACUAUCUAAGUACCAAAGCCAGGAGAUUUUGCCCAUGAUACCAGAUACAGACGAUGUUCAGUAUCAAAUUAGAAGAUACUCCUUGAACCGGAACGUGUUCGAGUUCGUUUAUCGCAGACUCGGAGAGUGCGCUCGUUAUAAGAUAAUCUCAGUUCCAAAAGGCACGACUGGAAGCGUCGCCCAACAACUAGCGUGGAAGCCUUCGAACCCAAUAGUCAGUCGCGAAGCCAGAUUCGUCUCUGGAGAAGGCAAAAUAGUUUCCCGAACCAUGGUACCUACCCACCUCGUCACAGCGGCCCGUGUGCUGUGUUACCGCACCAUAAAAGCUGAGUUCGGAGAUGAGGAUGAAGGAGACGAACCAGAUGUUAAUCCCUGGUCGUGCUUGUGGUUCAAUAGGUAUAGAGAAGUUCCCCAACAAGGGACUGCCAACCGCAACAACACCCUUGUCGAUGGGAUGCGCGGCCUCUAUGAACAUAUGCCAUUUGCGUCAUCAAUAGAGAAUCGCCGCGACGCGCUCAUAGAGUUCUUGAACAAGUUCAAGACUCCAGUUCAGCGG